AGAACAAGUACGUUUUAAUGGAUUUGGGAUUUUUAUCUUCAUUGUCUAUCCUGGAGCAUUUGUUGACCUCUUCACAACCCACUUGCAACUGAUAUCACCAGUCCAGCAAUUAAGGAUAUUUUGUGCAGGAGUGUGGCAUAAUUUUGUUCUUGGUGUUGCAAGCUUCAUGGUUUUGUUUCUGCUGCCAGCCAUUCUUUUCCCUUUCUAUUACACGGGUGUUGGGGCGCUUGUCACUGAGGUCGCAGAGGAUUCUCCUGCCAAUGGACCAAGAGGCCUUUUUGUGGGAGACGUUGUCACUAACCUGCAAGACUGCCCAGUCUAUAGUGUGGAAGACUGGAAUUCCUGUCUGGAAGACAUUUCGGAGAAGUCACAGGUCGGCUACUGUAUAAGUGCAGCCACCCUACAGCAAUUAAGCUUUCCUGCUAGAGUCUAUAGAAGACUCGAUGGCACAGUUGAAUGUUGUAGUAACAACAGCCUCACAGACAUUUGCUUUUCAUAUAGCAAUAACUUGGACAGCCACCUGUAUGCCUGUCUGCCAGCACGUAAAGUUAUUGAGGCCAGCAAAGUUUGUCGAACCAACGUGGACUGCCAGAAGGACUCUGUUCCAAGCCUUUGUGUGACUCCUUCUUUAGAGAACCAAACAAGGCUAAUCAGGGUAAAACAUCCACCCCAUAUUGACAUGCUGUAUGUAGGACACCCCAUGCAUCUUCAGUACACAGUGAGUCUCAGCAGUUUUGUACCACGACAAAACUUUCUAAGCAUCGAUCUGCCUGUGGUAAUAGAGACAUUUUGCAAGUACCUAAUUUCACUGUCAGGAGCACUGGCCGUUAUCAAUGCUGUACCGUGCUUUGCUUUGGAUGGUCAAUGGAUAUUAAAUUCAUUCCUGGAAGCCACUCUGAGCUCCCUGAUUGUAGAAAAACAACACAGAGAGCUUGUUGGCUUUUUAAUUUUGCUUGCUGGUAGUGCACUUUUGGCUGCCAAUGUCGCACUGGGACUUUGGAUGGUGACAGCACGAUAG